UGUCCUUGACCUCCAUCUACCGCACUCGAUACGGCACUUCUCAAUCUCUCUGGCGACUGAAUUACUAGAAAAUAACCCUGUCACGACCAUGGAAGACUUCGCUUCAGACGACGGGAGACAAGAGGAUGGCCCUCCAUUGACGGCAUUCAAUAUUCCGGACACAUCCAUGGAUCCCGAGAGCGUCCCAGCCGAAGUUUGGCAGGAGAUCUUCUCGCUCAUUCCUCGCUCGGCCGACGUCCUCAGUGUCAUGCUGGCUUCCAAGCGAUUCCACAUACUUGCAAAUCGUGCGCUGCACCAGACUGUCGUCUGGCGAAACGCGACGGACGUGAUCCGCAGUCUACCCCUGUGGGAGAAACAUCCGGGCAUGCACCGCAUCGUACAGAGGUUAGCGUGCUCCGUCUCUGCACCCCCCUCAUACUCCGCGGCUUCUCGCACGGCCGACUAUGGGGACGAGACACCGUACGAUGAUACCAGCAGUCGACGCAGGCACAAUCAUCUCACACCCGCCGUACACGCGGACAUGAUCUCUCGUAUGCUGUCAUUCAAGCAGUUGACCGCUGUGACGUUCUCUGGACUGCAGCUUGGCUACAGACAUUUCGAGCUCAUCUACAACCUCCCCCUGCUGAGGAUGCUCCGUAUCGAGUCGUGCGGAGUGCAGUCCGGUAGAUUCCUUAAUGUCUUCGACCCGCUCACCUUGCCCGUCACGAACCUCACUAUGCGCAACCUUCGCCGGCUGUACCAUGAAUUCAUCGGUGACGGGACGAUGGGUGACAACGCGUACGCCCUUCUCAGUCUCGUCCGCGCUCCGAAUCUGCACACGCUCACUGUCGACGCUUCUGCGGAGGUGUUCAAAUUCGUCUUCGGCCCCGGCGACCCAGCUGGUGGUCCGCAAGCUGGCAUAUGGGUUGUCGGGCAACUAGGCCCUGGUCCGGGACAUCCACCCCCGCCGCACCUCCAGCGCCUGUUCAUCGAGCGCAAGCACCAGCCUGGGCGCCCUCAACAGCAGGCACCGCCCCAACAUCCGUUUGCAGGCAUCCCCAAUCUGCCCGCAGGCAUCAACUGGCACAUCGGCAACGUGCACGGUCACAUACAUGCACACGGGCACAUUCACGGCGGCGGCGACUUCCCCGAGGCAGCGCUCUUCUCGUUCCUCCAGCGCUGUCCGACGCUGACAACGUACUCGACGUACCACUGCGCGACGCAGAAUCCGCAACUGCCCCCAGGGAUGCUGCCGAACCUUCGGGAGUACGCCGGCCCUGUGGGUACGUUGCCCGGCGUCGUGGGGAACGGACGUCCGAUCAAGUCGUUGAGGCUGACGAACUGCACGGGCCCGGAGGCCCCGGGGAAUGCAGAACGCGCGCCCAAUGCGGUGGUGCCGAACAAUGUGGGCGGGCAGAGGGAAGGCUUGCCUGCGCUCGCUACUGUGGCGAACACCCUGCACGAUCUUGAGGAACUCGAUGUCGAAUUCGCGGCGUGGGAUGAUGAGAUCAUGCAUGCUAUUGUGGGGUUCUUCCCUGAGCUGCGGACACUCAAGGUCACGUAUGAGACCGGCGGGCCGACUGAGACGGCACUGGUAGCGAUGGGGCCGGAUUUACUGAGUCGCCUCGCUCAUCUGCACACUCUCCAUCUCUACGCCCGCCCGAUCUCGUCAACCGCCGUGCGCUCCGUCGACUACGACAGCGACGACGAAGUAGAGCGCGAGCUGCGGCAUCCGCUCUGCCUCUUCGAUGACACAUUUAACUCGUUUGAGGACGAGCUGCGGGAGCUGGUUAUUCCUUGGAACAGAUUCUGCCACGCACUCCGUGAAGUGCGGUUGACCACGGAGUUCAAGCUCCUGCGGGGCUAUGAGGGUGGGAAGUGGAACCUGCAGCGCAUCGGGAAGGGUGAGUCCUCGUAAGGCAUGCGUCUCAACAGAAUUGUUGGCUUCAAAAGGACCUCUUGCUAGGCCAUGUACUGGUACCGGAUAGGAUAUCUGCUGUGUAGUUUGCUGCUUAUGGCUCCUGAAUAGUCUUGACGCCGUGCGUGAACAAAAAGGA